AUGUCAUCCGAUGGAGAGUUCACUAGAACUCAAAUCUUCGGAACGGUGUUUGAAAUCACUAAAAGAUAUACUGAUUUAAAUCCCGUAGGCAUGGGAGCCUUUGGACUCGUAUGUUCAGCUGUUGAUAAAUUAACUGGACAAAAUGUAGCAGUUAAAAAGAUUAUGAAACCUUUCCUGACUCCUGUAUUAGCCAAAAGAACUUAUCGUGAAUUAAAAUUAUUAAAACAUUUAAGACAUGAAAAUUUAAUUUCAUUAGAUGAUAUCUUUUUAUCACCAUUAGAAGAUAUAUAUUUUGUUAAUGAAUUACAAGGUACAGAUUUACAUCGUUUAUUAACAUCGAGACCUUUAGAAAAACAAUUCAUUCAAUAUUUCACCUAUCAAAUAUUAAGAGGUUUAAAAUAUAUCCAUUCAGCCGGAGUAAUUCAUCGUGAUUUAAAACCUUCUAAUAUUUUAAUUAAUGAAAAUUGUGAUUUAAAAAUUUGUGAUUUUGGAUUAGCUAGAAUUCAAGAUCCUCAAAUGACAGGUUAUGUAUCUACUAGAUAUUAUAGAGCACCUGAAAUUAUGUUAACUUGGCAAAAAUAUGAUACAGAAGUUGAUUUAUGGUCAGUAGGAUGUAUUUUAGCUGAAAUGAUUGAAGGUAAACCUUUAUUCCCAGGAAAAGAUCAUGUUCAUCAAUUUUCAAUAAUAACUGAAUUAUUAGGAUCUCCACCUCCAGAUGUUAUAGAUACAAUUUGUUCAGAAAAUACUUUAAGAUUUGUUCAAUCUUUACCUCAUAGAGAUCCAAUUCCAUUUUCUGAAAGAUUUGCUCAUUGUACUCAUGUUGAACCUGAAGCUAUUGAUUUAUUAGGUAAAAUGCUUGUAUUUGAUCCUAAAAAGAGAAUUAGUGCAGAACAAGCUUUAACUCAUACAUAUAUGUCACCAUAUCAUGAUCCAACUGAUGAACCAAUUUGUGAAACCAAAUUUGAUUGGAGUUUUAAUGAUGCAGAUUUACCGGUUGAUACUUGGAGAGUUAUGAUGUAUAGUGAAAUCUUAGAUUUCCAUCAAUUUGUAGGAGAUCAAGAUGGUCAACCUACUACUGGCGCAGUUAGUGAACCUCAACAAUCUCCUCCACCUCCCGCACCUGCUUCAGAAUCUCAACCAGAACCUCAACAUCAAUACCAUGAACAAGCCGUCAAACAAUUUUAG